AUGGAGGGAGCGAAGAAGACCAGCGGGAGAGAUUCGCCGACGUCUUCGUUAGCGGCGCAUCCCGGUGGGAGAUCUUCUUCUUCCUUUUUUAAUAACGAGAGUCACGACGAGGAUGAUUCCUCGGGAGGAGAGUUUGAAACCGAGAAAAAGAGGAAAACAACAACGAGGGAAAAAGACGCGAAGAAAAUGGAACCAGCGCAAGUGGCGAAGACGUUCGAGCGUCAGUGGGUGAAAAUUGGCGACCUGGAGUACGACGUGACGGAUAUGAAGCACCCUGGAGGGUCGGUGAUUUAUUACAUGUUGUCCAACGUCGGCGCGGACGCGACGGAGGCGUUUCGAGAGUUUCACUAUCGAUCGCGAAAAGCGGAGAAGAUGUUGAAGUGUUUGCCGCAGAGGAAGUACGACGCGAAGAGUCACUACUCCUCUAAAUAUAAUAAUAAUAAUAGCAAUUAUCAGCCGAUUGAUACUAGCGAUAGCGCGAUGUUGAAAGACUUCGCAACGUUUCGCCUCGGUUUGGAGAAGGACGGGUACUUUACGCCGUCGCUGGUACACGUGGCGUAUAGAAUCGUCGAGUUGAUGUUUACGUUCGCGCUGGCGACGUAUUUGAUGGCGAAAGGGUACACGACGUUAUCUGUGAUUACCUACGGCGCGUUUUUUGGCGCUCGAUGCGGGUGGGUGCAACACGAAGGCGGACACAACUCCUUAACCGGGAACAUUUGGAUCGAUAAACGCAUCCAAGCGUGCUUGAUGGGUUUCGGUCUCGGUACAUCCGGCGACAUGUGGAACGUUAUGCAUAACAAACACCACGCGACUCCGCAGAAGAUUCGGCACGAUAUGGAUUUGGAUACCACCCCCGCGGUGGCUUUUUUCAACACCGCGGUGGAAGAGAACAGAGAUCGCGGGUUUUCUCGGCUCUGGUCCAGAUUCCAAGCGUGGACGUUCGUGCCAAUCACCAGCGGCGUGUUUGUCAUGGCGUUUUGGUUGUACGUCUUGCACCCGUCCAAAGUCUUCAAGAAGAAGAACUGGGAGGAAGCGUUUUGGAUGUUGUCUUCGCACGUCGUUCGAGCGUCGUUGAUUCAAUUCGUCCACCCUUCGAACGUCUCCUUCGCGCACGCGUACGGCCUCUACGCUCUUUCGCAGUGGAUCGCGGGCAUGUAUCUGUUCGCGCACUUUUCCACUUCGCACACGCACACGAAAGUCGUCGAGUUCAAGGACCACCCGAGUUGGGUCCGAUACGCCGUCGAGCACACGGUUGAUAUUAGCCCAGACCGCGCGUACGUAAACUGGCUCAUGGGUUACUUAAACUGCCAAGUCAUCCACCAUUUGUUCCCGGAUAUGCCGCAAUUUCGUCAACCGGAAGUGUCCAAGAAAUUCGAACUCUUCGCCCGAAAGUGGGGUUUGGAAUACACGGUGAUGACGUACGGCGAGGCGUGGAAAGCCACGUUUAAGAAUUUGAACGACGUCGGCAAGCAUUACUACGAGGAAGGACGGGUAAAGGAUAAAGAGCGAAGCAGCGAAGAAAACGCUAAGACAAAAAAGAUCAAAUAA